AUGAGGUGGCAUGGGCAGAAAUACAGAAUAUUCGUAAGAAUAUUGAUCUUUCUUUACCGUUCACAAAAAGCUUUUUUUCAAAAAGGACAUGCUUGUCUUGAAACAUUGCCUUCCUGCGCACCCAAGUUCAAGCGUCAUUUCUAUCCAGAUGUGAAUGGUGAUCAUCAUCCCUACAUUGGAUGCGUAAAUGCAUCAUCAAGCUUUCUGCAGAAGCAUUAUUAUACCUCAGUAAAAGGCUACACCUCUAUGGAUCUUGAGUUCCUAGAGCAACUAUUCAAUGAAUCAAUUCUACCAUCCCAGGAAGAAUGUGGUGUGAUUGAACCUUUAACAUCACGGCGAAAAUAUUGUGUUGAUGUUCAAAACUGUCCUUUCAUAGUUUUUACAUCUCACGGAAUUCAUCAACACCCUCCUCCACCUCCACAUAAGCCACCAGAGUUAAUACUCAGAGGGGUUGAAAGAAUUAUCAAGCAGAUGAGAAACCCCAGCCUGACUUUAGCUCAAUUCCUGCGAAGUCCUGAGCUUGAGGCCCUUUGCCAGCAAUAUAAUGCAUCAACACCAGCUGAAAUCCAUGCCUCAUUUUCAAAUACUGAUCGUAUCUCCGCCAUUAUUCAAAAACAACGACUUCUUUCAUAUCCAGCGGGUCAAAGCUUCAAUGGGGUAAUAUAUUUAUAUAAUACCAAUCCAUUCAUAAAGGAAUAUAUCCAAGAGAAAUACUGUGAUCCUAAUGGAACUAUGAUUCUAUGUGGCUUUAAGGAACAAAUCAGGCUUUUAAGUACAUUAACCUCCUUUGAGUUGAUAUUCAUCACACUCCUGCGGGCUUUUACCAAUCAGGAAACAACAGAAGGCUAUUAUCUUUUAUUUACAAGAGUAUUUACUCUUGUUCAAAGAAUGACUGGCCAGCCUGUUGAAUUUAAUUCUAUUCAUUCCAAUGGAAUUUAUGGAAUUAUUGUGGAUAUGGAUACAAAGCAAUAUACUGGACUUGGUCAAUAUCUUCAAGAAAUUGACCCUCUCCACCGUCCAAUAUUAUGGCAGUUGCAAGGAAUCAUUAUAUUUUGCCGGGUUCACUUCUUUCGUACAAUCACUGAAGCAGUUGGGAGUGCCAAUAAAAGCUCAGGUGUAUGGAGUCGAAUGGCUGGCUUAAUUGACUGCAAGUCGGAAGAUGAUUAUGAUCAACUAUGCAAUUUAUUAAUUGAACCUGAGAAUGAAAAGGUCCAAGCAUGGGCGGCACAUAAGAAAUCACCAGUUAUCAAGGCUGGGUUGAAUAAACAUUGCUCUAAUAUUCCCGUCUAUAUCUAUGAUUCUAUUCGGAAUCAUACUAAUUCAGCUGAACAGUCUCAUCAUAAGGCUAAUGCAGCAGGAAGGUGGUUGACAUUAACAGCAGCAAUCCAAAAUUCUGCAAAGCUGGACAGACAAGACAUUCUCCAAUAUAUAAAUCGCACUGAUUUUAAUAUUCACCAUUCAUAUCGAACAGCAAAUAUGGAGACAAAUUAUUUGAGACAUAUGGCCCGGGAAGUGUCACGAAAACGCCGCCGUUCAUCAACAUAUUUCUCUUCUAGUUCCGAGCCUGAAUUAGGACAAGGGAGAUCCCGUUCACAACCUCGAGGCCGAGGUAGCAGUCGGUGA